AGCCACUGUGUCCCCUGGAGCUGUCUCUCAGAAGGACAUGUCUUGUCCUGUACAAACCCUUACAGCCAGACUGGAACAAAAUACCCUUUCCUGCUCUCAACCCAAAAAACAGCUGCAGGUCCCUUUGGGGAUCAGCAACAGAGGUUUAACAAGGCUGACGUCACUUUGCAUCAGCUCAUCAAGGCUGGAAGGGUAGGAAUUUUUUAUAAAGCAAAAACGACACACAGCACCAUCAAAGGCCAUGACCACUUCAUCUGCAAGAUCUCUAGAAGCACAAACCAUAAGCAGAUAGAAAAGGAGAUUUCAAUCAUGCAGAAACUAGGAAAACACAGGAAUUUGCUGCAGCUUGUGGACUGGGACAUCAUGAACAUUCCAUAUAUGUUAAUUAUGGAGUAUGUGAAUCAAGGGACCCUACUCCACUUCUUACAAGUGAAUAAAGACAGUCUAUGCAAGGACAGUAAGCUUCAGCACCAAUUCACCAUUGUGGCGUACCAAAUAGCACACGCUAUGAACCACCUGCACUCCAAAAUGGUAGUGCAUUGCGACCUAGUUUUGCGAAAUAUCAUGGUGCACAAUUUUCCCCAUGAGGUGAAGGUGUCAGGGAUCUCACAAGCAGGUCCAGCAGAUACCAGAAGCCCUGCAGGGAACAAAUUCCCUUUCGAUGGUACCCACCAGAAUAUUUCAAAAAUAAAAACUAUGGAUUCAAAGGGGAUGUCUGCAUUUGGAAUACUAAUUUGGGAGAUGCAAACAUUUGGCUCAAGUGUGCCUUACCGACAUUUAAAGACAUCAGAGGAUGUGGCCCUCUAUGUGAGUGAUGGCUGCAGAAAUAGUUUGCCCGAAGAGUGCAGAGCAGAGAUAUUAAAACAGUAGCUGAUAUUAUACUUCAACACCUCAGAAUGCUCCGGGACAAUGCCGAGACAGCAUCACUCCACUGAUCUCCUACAGAUGAGACAAAAACAUCAAGGUCAUGCUUUUCAAGACUGAGAUAAAUGAUCCU